GCGCCCAAAACAAGAAGAAAAAAAAAUUGAGAAAAGCGCCAAAAAAAAAAAAAAGAAGUUUUUACGCCGUUUCCUCUCACCAAUCACCCACAGUGAAUAAUAAUUAUAAAAAAAAAAAAAAAAAAAUUGUUGCUUUUCUUCCACUUCCUCAUUGUUUCUUUUCCCUCAUCUCUGUGGAGGAAACAGGGAUUUGGAUUUGUGGCUAAUUAGGGUUGGUUUUUGAUUCCUUGCUGCUUAACUACUGUCAACAAAUGGCCAAAGUCAGAGACCGGACCGAAGAUUUCAAAGACGCCGUGCGGCAAACUGCCAUUUCUUCGGGAUACGACGAGUCCAAAUUGGCAGCCAUUUUGGCAAAUUUCAUCAUCCACAAGCCACGCCAAAGAUCGCCUUUCACAAGAGCUGCUCUGAAAACGCUUGAAAGUAUUGGAGCUCUAGAACAGUUUAUGUUGAAACAUCGUAAGGACUAUGUGGAUCUGCAUCGCACCACUGAGCAGGAGAGAGAUAGCAUUGAGCAUGAAGUCAGUGCUUUCAUUAAAGCAUGUCAAGAGCAAAUUGACAUUCUCAAAAACAGCAUAAAUGAUGAAGAAGCAAAUUCGAAGGGCUGGCUUGGUAUUAGGGACAAAUCUAAUGCUGACACUAUAGCACAUAAACAUGGGGUGGUUUUGAGUUUAACUGAGAGACUUCAUUCAGUUACAGCACAGUUUGAUAAGCUAAGAGCUAUACGCUUCCAAGACGCCAUUAGUAGAGCAAUGCCUAGAAGAAAAUUUAACCGGAUUACCAAUUCAAGUUCUGCAGAUACAUCUAAAUCAAACAAUUUAGAGCUCAGGGAACCUGAUCAAUUUCAACCUGAACCUUUAAAAGUCCAGCAGCAACUCUUGGAUGAUGAAACACGUGCCCUUCAGGUAGAGCUUACAAGUAUGCUUGAUGCAGUUCAAGAAACCGAAACUAAGAUGGUGGAGAUGUCUGCUUUGAAUCAUCUCAUGUCCACACAUGUUCUGCAACAAGCUCAACAAAUAGAACAAUUGUAUGAGCAGGCCGUUGAAGCUACAACGAAUGUAGAGCUUGGUAACAAAGAGCUGUCCCAAGCUAUUCAGCGGAAUAGCAGCAGCAGGACCUUUCUUUUGCUUUUUCUUUUUGUACUUACUUUUUCAAUUCUCUUUCUUGACUGGUAUAGUUGAAUGGAUUGAGUGUUGUCACUCAAGUUUUAUUUAUUUAUUUAUUUAUUUUUAUACAUUUCUCUCUGUAAUUUCCUCACAGGAAAAGAAAAGUAAAAAAAAAAAAAAUGAAGAAGAACAGGAUGAUUAAAUAUUUAAGUAGAGUGAUUUAUUUCUUUAGUGGUCUUAGUGAUAUAGACAGUAUGUUCAUGGUUCUUAUUUUGUACAUUUGAGGCUUUGCUGCCUUUUUACAUGACCAGAGGAAAUGAAUUAAAGCUAUAUGAAAACUUUCCACUCUUUGCUGUCAUUGUUGGAUAAUGUCACUUAAAUUCUUGUGUCAUCCUUUUGACAAUUAACGACUAUUUGUUAUAUUUCCUUCCGAAAAGAAUCAUUUUUGCAAUGGAUAUGUUGGAGUAAUAAAAAUUCAGGUUUUGAGUUUCAUUGUUAAUUUGGAUUCUUAUUUUAGAAAAUUGAUCCUUGAGACAACUUGAAACUACAAAAGAAAUAAUAUCCCAUGACUGAGGAGAGGAGAUAGAAACGAUCAUCUAACAGAGAGACAUUGCAGGAGCAAAAUGAAGGGCUGCUAUCAAGGAUCAAAAGUGGUUGGAUAUCACUACUCCUUGAUGACAAGG